ACGGAGAGCUGGAAUUGCAGAGGCAGAGACGCACGGUCGAUUUUCGCCUCCCGCAUACUGGGGAGUCCCGAGUCUGUCACCAAAAGCAGAGCUCAGGGCUUGAGUGCGUUUGUGUCAACAUCUUUAGUAAGAAGAAGACAGUGGCAGAACCUCCCUACUGCCUCUUUUUUUAUUCUUUCUUUUUUUUCAUUCACAUAUUUGUGGGUGCAGAUAUUGAUGUGAGCCAGAGGAGCGGUUUUUUCCGUUGAGUCGCUCGAGACGGUGGCGCGCGGCAGGAGGAGACGGCGUUUACAUUGAUGUGGGAGGACAAUCUCUUUCCGACACGGGGAGUUCAGAUGAAGGGGAAUCGCUGUUCGGUGACGGCUUCAGCCGUCAAAGCAACGGCUCCGUGACCCGGGCGGGAAGCGAGAGAGCACCAACAAGAACAGCCAGCACUGACACCGUAUCAGCUCCAGCAGCACGAGCCCACAGACUGUCCCCUGUUUGCAACCAUGGGCAAAAGACAGAAGCAGAGGGAAGAGAGAGAAGUAUGUGAGCUCUCCACUGCAGUAUUGAUGACCCAAUGAUCCCCUGCAGAACAGAGCCAGUCAGGCAGACAGAGUGAGGCUCAACUCAGAAUCAAAAUCAGCGCCACAACCAUUUGGUAAAAGCAACUGACUGAGCAGGAUAUGAAUGGUAUGUGAAUCUUCUACUCUUACUAGCUGUAAGAGGAAAGCUACAAAAAGAAUUGCUCAUUUACAGACAGCUGAAAACAUCCCUCCUUUUCCGGCUGCACAACCAGCUAAACUGUCCACUGAAUGAGUGGCUUGUCGGAUCAUCUACAUUCAGGGCAAACUGGGGCUCCAGUCGGCUGUGGUGAGAUUCAGCCUGAGGAGAAGGUCUGUGUGGCGGGAUUUGAGGAGCUGGAAGGACCUGAGUUCUGGUCAAGGGAGCUUGUGCUCCAUGGGGGGUUUCAGGAUCCCUCUCGUGAUGGACUGGCACUGGUGACCCCCGAUCACAUUCCUCUCACUUCACCAUCUGCCCUGGCCAACGGCGUCCGUCUACAGAGAAGGCUGGGGCCCAGCACCUGCCGGCGGAGGCACACUGAAACUGUCACGGCGACUGAGACACAUACAUUUUCAGAGACACUUAGAAACAUGCAAACACACAUAGACCCAGAUGUGCACGCACAAGUUUUUUCACACGCACGUAUGGACAAUUUUGGACACAUGGAAAUCAACACUCACAAAGGUUCUGUAGGCCCAGAACUCCCCAAAGCUGUCACACCAGAGGCCAUACACCCAACCUCACCUCAGCCCUUGUCUUUGGCACUUGGCAAUCAUCCUGCCUCCACCAAUCAGCCGGCAACCCCACUCCAGACUGUGGAGACAGACACGCCAUCAACCUUUUGUCCAGUCCCCACUGGUCCAAACCAAAACACAGGCUCUUGUCCUCUCCCUGUAGAGACAGAGAAGAAAUAUGCACUCCGCAGCUCUGGACGUCCUCGCUUUCCCUGUCACCUGCGCAAAUCCUCCCGCUUGCGCCGAAGCAUAGAGGAUGGAGAAAAAAGAGUGGAGAGCGUGAAAGGAGGAGAGGAGGAAGAGGAAAUACUGGAAGAAAAGAUCUGGAGAGUUAAAGAAGAAGAGGUGGCGGUUGGUGAUAAAGAGGAGCAUUCAUCUGUAGAGGCAGUUCUCCCCACACCCACCUGUCAUACAGACAUUGCUCUUGCAUUAUCGGUACCUAAACCUGUUCCUAAAGCUCUACCCAAACCAGGGCCCAGACUUGGGCAUAAACCUGGACCUAAAUCCAGGUGUAGGCUUACUCUGAAGUCUGUGCAUAAAGCAGCUCCUAAGAGCAUAAUGAAACAGCGUCAAGCAGCACAAGCCAUGCAACAACGUGCAAACCCUUCUCUCUCAUUUGCAUCCACCCUCUCUGCACCUCUGCUCACAAUGAAGGAAGAACCUGUUGCAGACCUGGGUGUGUCACUUCCUAAUAAUGGCAGACGAGGACGUUUUGUUGGUGUGAGAAAGAUUGUUGUCAAGGUGGCUCGCAUUCCUGUCAGUCUUAGCCGCAGGCAGAAGAGCUACAAGAUUUCUAAUUUGGAAACAGUAACAGGGACAGAGAAAAGUCAUGAUGGCAAUCUGGAGGGAUCUGAGGCAGUUCGAGAGCCAACUGCCCUUCUCCGCAUGAAAAACAAUGGGAAAAGUGUUAUGGUGAUGUUCCCUCCAGGAGAACUCCCUGUUAUUCUGAAACGUAGGCGAGGACGUCCACCUAAACAGCCUUUGCCAGCAAUACAGGGAGAGCCUCCAAAUGCUGGGAAUGCCAGUGUUACCGGAGACCAGCCCAAGAAGCCUCGAAGGCGACGUCGGACUAAACUCCCUUUUCCGUAUCCAUCCUAUGUUAAUGAUACAAAUGAUGUAAAAACAGAAUACGGUGAUGUUCUUUCCAAACUGGCCUUUUUAAACCGCCAGCCUCCUCCCACUGGCCGUUGCUCUCCUCCUCGCUGCUGGACACCUAGUGAGCCGGAAAGCUUUCAUGCCCCUCUGGAAAACCCUGGAAUAUCCACCCUGCUCCACAGGCUCACUGGGUUUAGACGCCCCAGAGGUGGCAGAGGAGGGGGGCUUGGAAGAGGUGGAGGAGCAGCAGGUGGGAUUGGGGGCAGUGUGUGCAGGAAAAGCACCUUCAGUGACUUCUUUGAAUCUAUUGGAAAAAAGCGGAAAAUAAGCCCCGUGUCUGAGCAUGGAUUACCUAGGAAAAGGGGGAAGGGUAUGGGUGGGGGAGGGGUGGGCCGAGGAGGGGGUGUGGUGGGAAUAGAACCUGGAGGUGAGAAAAUAGUCCGAAAGAGACGUAUGAGGAAAAAUGGUGCAUUUAAAGGGGGUGGGAUGUCCAUGGGGCAGGACUGGCCAAACGGGGCAGGAGGUUGGGGGGAGGAGGUGGCUUUGGAUAAGAAAGGUUUGGGUGGUUAUCAGCUCUCUGGAUCUCCACGGGGUGGCUUUUCCUCAUGUGAGCUUGGGCGUGGAGAUGCCUAUGGCAGUCCAGGAGGAAGUAGAGGGGCUGGGCCAGUUGGAGAAGACUCACAAGGUCUUUUUGCUGGUUAUUUUCGAUCACUGCUCGACUCUGAUGACUCAUCGGACCUGCUGGACAUCUCCUCACAGUCAGACCCCCGCAAAGCUACAUCCACUCCAGGUUUUGAGCCAUCCAGUCCAGCUGCUGGUCACAGCUGGUCUCCUGCGUUCCCCAAAUGGAGUUCUAAGGGGGCAGGUUCUGGGGUGGAGGGUUCAGCUCAGGCACACUGCUCCUCAGCCAGGCCUCCUUAUAGCUAUAGCAGCUUGGCUCAAACAUCCCCCACCACUUCUACCUAUCCAAAAUCCACCCCUCCAUCUCUCUCACAUUCUCCUAGUUCUCCCCAUCCUGCCUCCUAUGGUCAUUACUCCUCUGGCUACUCUUGCUCUUCUCCUGCAGUGCCACAGAGAUCGUCAGAUUGCAGCUUUGCAUACGGAUCUGGUCACAGCAGUGGUAAAGCCACCCCCAUUGGUCAGAUAGGUUAUUCUAACUACCAGCUAGCCAAGCGAGCCUAUAGUGGAUAUCCUCAAGGGAGCCAUUCCUCUAUGGUGCGAGGGGAUUCAGCAGGAUCCACAUCACCUGGAGGAGGGUACAUGUCAGUGGCCAAAGGUAACUCCUUCAGUUCCGCCUCCCCAGAGGGUUACAAGCAGUUCAACACCAAUCAGUGGAGCUACAGACAAGGCUAUGGUGGCUGGUCAACUGACAACUUUGGGUCUCAGUAUCAUGGCUAUAGCGAAUACGGCUCCAGUGAGUCCAAAGACAUCUUGGAUAUCUCAAAUUACACCCCUCAGAAGGCAAAGCGACAACCAUUUCCUGAAAGUCUGUCCGAAUCCUCUUCUGACUCCUCACACCUUGGCUCUACAGCCCCUAGUAGUGGCCCCGUCUCUGCAGGUGGCACCUUCAAACAGAAUGAGGCUGCAUCUGUUAGUGGGGACGGGGGCCAAUCAAGUCUGUCCAGCCUAGAGAAGUUGAUGAUGGAUUGGCAUGAGAGUGCCUCCGGACCGUCAUAUAACUGGAGCCAGAAUGUCCUUUUCCAAAGUGGGGGAACCAGCAAACCUGGCCGCGGCCGCAGAAAACGGACUGAGCCACAUUUAGAAAAAGAAGGGGGUACUGCCUUACAUUCUGAUUCCCCAUCCAGUCCCUCCCCUACACCUACACCUGGACCUAAGAGAGGAGGAGUUGGAGGACGGGGUAGAGGAUCUAGAGGGGGAAGAGGGGGUCUGUCUCCCUGUCAGAGAGAGCGCCCUAAAGGCAGGGGUAAGGCUGCUUCUACAUCAGGAGCGGGACUAGCAGUGUCAGCUGGAGGCCCAGAAGGCUCUGGUAUGUUCCAGGAAGGGCUGGAUUAUUACAGCGGAGAUAGCAGCAGCCUGUCUCCCCUGGCCACUCCUAAUCCUGCACCACCAUCCAGCUACCUCCAGGACCCCUGUGAGUACCCCUCUCCUUAUUCAGCCCACCCCUCCACACCAUCCUCUGAGGAGCGAUAUCCAGCUUUAUACCCUGGUGAGUCAUCCUCGUCCCUCUCACCAAGUGUCUCAUCUCCCCCUUACCCUCCCAAGCCUACCCCUCCUCCACCCCAGUCUUACCACCUUGUCCCCUCCAGGAACUUCUCCCCCUCCUGCUCCCCCUCACCACGAUUAACUCCCCACUGCAGCACAGCCCUCAGUCCCUCACACCGCCCCCCUCCAAAAGACCCCCAGUUUUCACAGUACGACUCCCCCAGCUACUGUGGUUCCCCCUAUUGGUACGGACAGACAUCGCACAGCGGCAGUCCCAACCCACACUCCCACUCAAAUACAGCCGUGCACACCCACAGCAACCCACACACGAGUCCUCACGGAAACACACAUGCCAAUUCUCUCGCUAGCCCAAACGCAAACACUCUUACACACAUGACUCCCCAUGACACACAUCAUCAUAGUAUGCAGCCCAACACAAACCUGAGCUCACACACCAACACACAUCCCACCACACACCUCCAAGGUAACCUCCUCUCCCACUCAAACAUUGUGCACCUCCCCUCUCAAACACACUCUCACCCCAGUCCCAGCCUGCAUUCUCAUCCAGCACCUGCGCUUUACGAGGAGCGCAGCCCUCCCUCUACCAUGACCCCCCAAAAGCGGGAUUUGACCCCCCACACCAUGAGCACAGGCCAUCGCCAAGGCCCCUUGCCUCUCUCCCCAUACCCCAAACCUGCUCUUGACUCCUCGCCUCACCAGGAGGAAACAAGUGGUUACUCCCUGCAUCAGCAAUCCUACCAGGGCAUGGGACACCGCUACACCUCCCAGGCGGCUCAGGGUAGUGGGGUGCUGUGCCAACUCCUGGACCCAGCCAAUGAUGACAGCUUCAGUGUCACCAGCCUGUAACAGCAGGUGCAUUCAAUCCAAGCUUUUACAGAUUUGCAAACAUUUUUUUUCCUUUUUUUUGUCUGUUUUUUUUUUAAGGGGACUUCUUUGUGAGAGACUGUGAAAUGAAGGGUGAGAAUUUAGCUGCCAGCUUUGGACACUAAAGCUUUAAUUCUCCGGCAUUGACAAUCAAGAUCAACCCACAUACUCAAGCAUGCACAAACACAAAUGCAUACACACACAAAUGCAAACACACAUAUAUAAAGACACGCAUGCACAGAUUAAAUCACUACCUAACCAUAUACAUGUAAAAUCAUCCAUGAGCACUCUAGACUGGAAUGAGGAAACGACCAAGAGGAGCUGACAGAUGAAUCCCAGACGCACAUGGACAGAGAAAAAAAAAACUCAUCCCUUCGAGCCCCUCUGUGACACAUGCAGUAUUUCACAGAAUCUCUCUGUUUCUGUUCUGUACAUCCACAGUAUAGACAAACAAAAAUCACAAUCUUUUCUCUCGCUUUUUUUGUUUCUCUUCUCUGUUGUCUCCAAGCUCCCCCUCCUCUGCUAAACCAGCAACCAUGUUCUGCACUCAAAUCACCUGUCUUGUGCCCCCAACCUGAGCCGCAUCUGAGCCCAAAUCAACUUUUUGAAGACCAUGAGCCUAGCAAAUGUCCUGCUCUGUGCACUCCUUGUGUUGUGUCCCAUAAGAGAAAAAGUGGACUUAAACAGUUUGUGCUCUUAAAAUACCAGCAUCUGUACAUAUGACUCCUGCUCCAAGCCAGGGGGCCUCCUUGUGCUCUGAAGGCCCGUCAUCUGCGUUCUGCCGUGGUUUCUCUGCUUUGGGGGGGAGGACUGCAGCAUGGAGACUCAACAUCCUGUGUUUUGCUGUUUUAACUACAAGGGAAAGAGAAAAUGAAAUUACACAACGGCCCCAAAGAGACUCUUGUUUUCUGUGUGUGAAAGGGAGACAGAGGAUACAUUUGCGUGACUGCAGUGAUGCAUGUAUUUGUGAGUUUGCGUGCAUAUUCUGUGUAUGUGUGUGUGUGUGUGUGCGUGCCUGUGGGGUCAAAAAGAGUGAAGCUCCCGCGACGCCAUAGUCUUGGCGGGGCCUCAUUCUUUCUUUCACUCUCUCCCUUCUUUUUCUGUGGUCUUGUGUUGUUUAGUGGUUUUUGUGAUGAAAAUAAAAUUGUAUCUGUCUGUUACAUAUCAUGUAUGUAUCUGAGGUGCAAAAUAUUUAAAUACACAUUAUGUUCUUGCCAUUGGUAA